UACACAAACUCUAAUGGACAAUAUUACAGAAUAGUACUGAAAGUGACACUAUUUUAUACUCUGCUGUUGUUUACUAAUGAUGUUUUUCCUUUCUCUUCUUUUGUUCUGCACAUUAUUACAGGGGGUGCAUCUGCAUUAAGGACUGAAAAGUCAUUAUCGCAGAGUCCAACUGGAGCUGGUAGAUCUCUAGAUGCCUCAGGAUUCUCAGAGUCGGCCUCAUCUCAGUGGUGGUCCAAAAUCUCCUUCACAUGGAAGUCGAUCAGAGCUGAUUUAAAGUUUAAACUGAUUUUAUUUGGAAAAACACUGAAUUCCCACAAGGACUUCAUAACUCAUCUUAACCAACGAGUUCACCUGAAGGAGGUGAAUACAGAGGAUGAGUGUGAUUUUAUUCUGGUUUUCUGCCCGAUUGUGUCACGAACUGGAACUGACAUUGAAGCAGCAAUGAAACGUCUACACGAUAUUUCAGACACCAAACCUGUAGUCCUGGUGGUGCUCCAUCACACAUUUGAUACAGAGUGCGUUGUUCCAGACAGCAUCAAAUGUGUAAACAGAAAGAAUAUGAUCGCAGUCGACUGUCUGUUCCAUGAAGAUAAAGGAUUACUGCAGUGUCUGAAGAAUAAAGAAUCACUGGACAAAACUUCACAAUAUCUGGUAUUUUUAUUUAAUGAGAAAGAACAACAUGUAAAACUGAAAAAGCAAGAGCAAGAACUGAGAAAGCGAACAAGAGACAAUGAAGAGAAAGAUGAAGAACUUAAUGAUACAGAUAUGAAUCCAAAGAAAAUGACACUGAGUAAUGAGACACAGGAAGGAACAAAUACUCCACAUGAGAGAAAUCAACAGCUGAACAUAACAGAAAUUUUUAAGGCAAUUGUGAAAAGAAAUGAGAUGAAUGACGGGGAUUUAAAGAUGUUGAUGGCCGUAUCGGAGAAAGAGAAAACUGAUUUAGAGAAAGAAAACAGAGAACUUCUGGAGCAGUUGGAAGACAAAAAGACACAACUGGAGAGUGUGGUGAAAGAACUGAAAACCAGUACAAUUAAACUCACAGAAAGAGAGGAACAACUUCAGAAGAAGGACAAGACACUGGAAGAGAAGGAGAAACAGCUCAAACAGACAAGAGCUAAACUGGACAAAACAAGUAAGGUGUUAGAAGACAGUCAGCGACAUGUGGAGGAGAAAAACACACUAAUAGAGAACCUGAACAAACUGCUGAAGGAGAAAGACAGACUUCUGACAGAAGGUCCUAAGAUCCUGGAACCGAAAGGCACACAAUUAAAACAGGAGAAAAAACAAGAAGAAGAAGAAGAAGUUGCAAACACAAGGAAUGGAAAAUUCCACAAGACAAAACCUCAUCUGGAAUUAAACAGUAAAUCAGAGGAAAUGGAACACCAACAGGUAGAGGAUAUCACAAGUCAGCAAGGGAAUGAAAACACAGGGCUGAAAAACAAUGACCAUCUCACCCAAGAAAAAGGCACCAUAUCUAAAGCUACAAAUAGUGAAUUAGAGAAAAAUAGAUCUUCAUAUGAGGGACAUCAGCAGCCGGUUCUGGAUUGUACACAGAUACAGGAAUCACAACUAGAAGUAAAGGAAGGAGAGAUUAAAAAUGUGGAGAAGAAUAAAGAAUUAAUUGAGAAAUAUCAGAAUUAUUCAAACAGUCUUCAAAAUGCAGAUGCAAUGUUAAUGGAAAAUAAAGAACAACUUAGUCAUGUUACUGAAAACCAACAGCCUGGUGUGGAAGAGUCUAAUCCAACUGAGCCUGAGACACAGGAAGGGGAAAGUGAUAAACAACAUGAGGAGAAAGACAGACCUCAGUUAGGCAAAACAAUUAGGAAAAACAACCAAGGAAGUGUAGGAGACACCAGUCAGGAAGAAAGAGAGUGAAAGACAACGAAACAGGUUAAGAAACUGAAAAAGACACAGCAAAGAAAAAUACAUACUAUAUAAAAGUAAUUUAUUCUUAUAAACAAAAGAGGAUCAUCAGUUUAUUAGUCUUGCUUCCAUUUCUAUGUAACUACAGUAUGGUUGAUCAUUAAUUAUUAUGCCUGAAGCUAGAUAAAUUAAGCUAGCUAAAUAUAUAUAUUAUGAAAAGUUUAACUCCGUGAAACAAAUAAAUGUUAGAAAUGUUGGAAAUUGUUGACAGGUAGAGAAAACUCAUGCAGUUUAAAGAGAUACAGGGUUUCUAACGGAAGAUAUAUCCAGAGCUAUUUUAAUUUUUAUUCAUUUGUGUUAAUCACUGCAUCAUGAAAAUGUUCUUGUUGCCUUAAAUCAUUAAAUAAAUAUAUCAAGAAAA